CCGGUGAAUAUGAGGCGCUCCGUGCCCGCGUCGCUCCCUAAACUCGUGCUAACCUAAAUAUUACGAUGGGUUCUUCCAGUAGAUAUUCAUCGUACAACUGUUUAACUAGUUGGGACAGCUACGACAGAAUACCCAGGGUCCGAGUAGAAUAUUACGUCAAUGAAAAUACUUUUAAGGAACGACUGCAAAUCUAUUUUAUUAAAAAUCAAAGAUCUAGUCUUAGGAUACGAAUAGCCAAUCUAUUUUUAAAACUACUCACAUGUGCUCUGUACAUAAUCCGGGUUGUUACCGACCUAGAUCCCACAUAUGCAACAUGUUACGGCUGUGUACCAAGCAACAAAACAGAAUACAUUCUCUCGGCCAAUCUGACAGAAGAGAAAUUCCAGGAGAAUCCCAUUAUCAAUUGGGAUGCGAUCAUGUGGGUGAACCGCCCCCUCGAACUCUGGGUGGUCCAAGUCGUUUUGGCCAUUAUCAGUUUGUUGGAGGCCGUUUUGUUAGCAUAUCUCGGAUACAAGGGUAAUAUAUGGCAGCAGCUUUUAUCGUUCCAUUUCGUUCUAGAAAUAAUUAACACGGUGCCAUUUACAUUUACAAUUUUUUAUCCACCGUUAAGGACCAUGUUCAUUCCAGUAUUUUUAAAUUGUUGGUUAGCGAAACGUUCCUUAGAAAAUAUGUUCAACGAUCUUCAUAGGGCAAUGCAAAAAUCGCAAUCGGCAUUGUCGCAACAGCUGACUAUUCUUUCCGCAACGCUUAUUUGUCUGGUUUUCACAAGCGUUUGUGGAAUUCAACAUUUCCAACGGGCCGGACAUCGACACUUGAACCUAUUUCAGGCAACUUAUUACGUAGUAGUGACCUUUUCCACUGUAGGCUACGGAGAUUUUGUGCCCGACAUUUGGCCUUCUCAACUGUACAUGGUCAUCAUGAUUUGUGUAGCACUUAUUGUGCUACCUACACAGUUCGAACAAUUGGCCUUCACCUGGAUGGAACGACAAAAAUUGGGCGGCUCCUAUUCAUCGCACCGCGCCCAAUCGGAAAAGCACGUAGUGGUAUGCAGUACCAAUUUGCACGCCGAUACUAUUAUGGAUUUUUUGAAUGAAUUCUAUGCUCAUCCGCUUUUACAGGAUUUUUAUGUGGUUCUGUUGUCACCGAUGGAAUUGGAUACUACUAUGAGGAUGAUUUUACAGGUUCCGAUUUGGGCCCAACGAGUGAUUUACAUCCAGGGCUCGUGUUUGAAAGACGGCGAUUUGGUGAGGGCCCGAAUGAACGAAGCGGAGGCAUGUUUUAUUCUGGCUGCCAGGAAUUAUGCCGAUAAAACCGCAGCGGACGAGCACACGAUUUUACGUAGCUGGGCGGUAAAAGACUACGCGCCUAGCGUCGCGCAGUACGUGCAAAUUUUCCGACCCGAAAACAAAUUGCACGUGAAAUUCGCCGAGUUUGUCGUUUGCGAAGACGAGUUCAAGUACGCGUUGCUCGCCAACAAUUGUACGUGCCCCGGAGCGUCUACUCUAGUUACCUUGUUGUUACACACUUCCAGAGGACAGGAAGGUCAACAAUCUCAGGAAGAAUGGCAUCGGCUCUACGGCCGUUGUUCCGGCAACGAAAUCUACCACAUCAUUUUAGGAGAUAGUCGAUUUUUUGGAGAGUACGAGGGGAAAAGUUUUACUUACGCCAGCUUUCAUUCUCACAGAAAGUAUGGUGUAGCCUUAAUAGGAGUCCGCCCAGCCGAACUACCCGAAUUCUACGAAGACACCAUCCUACUCAAUCCCGGCCCGAGACACAUAAUGAAAAAAAGCGACACCUGCUACUACAUGAGCAUCACUAAAGAGGAAAACUCUUCAUUCAGCGUAUCCAGUCAAAAUAAUACUUCCGCCGAUCCGGUCAACAAUAAAGCUAAAGAGGCUGACUUCAAACCGAUGGGACUUCAUUUUAAAGAUGCAAACGCUACACUGAGUGAUUCGAAACAAUGUCUGAAAGAGUCCACCGGCUCAAUUUCGGUAGAUAUUUCGAUGACCGGUAACCAUUUGGACAUACCGAGAGGCGGAGGAGAAAAUCCGAACUUACUAUGUCCCGAUUCGAUAAAUCAUAGGAGGAAUUCUAGGAGACCGAGCAUUCUACCGGUUCCUGAUAUGUUUACUGGAAGUUCACUAAACAUCAGCUGUUCUCAGGAUGCGGAACAAGACGAAGCAGAUGAGAGUGAGGACGAGCUCGAAGAUGACGUACCUUGGAGAUCACCCAGUGAAAAAAUUGCGUCUAGUCUUUCUGACGAUUCUUUGGAUUUCGACCGACCUGCAUGGCAUGAUGAAUGUGUUAGUAUCGUCAAAGGAUUUCCCCCAGUCUCGCCUUACAUUGGAGUGAGUCCCACGUUGUGUUAUCUACUCAAGGAGAAGAAGCCUUUAUGUUGUUUGCAGCUGGCUCAAGUGUGCGAACAUUGCAAUUAUCGGAACGCUAGAGAAUAUCAAUGGCAAAACAAAACGAUUAUUCUGGCCGCCGACUACGCCUCGAACGGCAUCUAUAAUUUCAUUAUACCGUUGAGGGCCCAUUUCCGACCGAAAACGUCGCUGAAUCCCAUUAUCUUGCUGCUGGAACGACGACCGGACGUCGCUUUUCUGGAUUCCAUCUCUUAUUUUCCAUUGAUUUACUGGAUGGUCGGCUCGAUAGAUUGCUUGGACGAUUUGCUUAGAGCAGGCAUCAGUUUAGCGGAAAAUGUCGUAGUCGUUAAUAAGGAACUGUCGAAUUCUGCCGAAGAAGAUUCCCUUUCGGACUGUAAUACGAUUGUAGCAGUUCAAACUAUGUUCAAAUUUUUCCCUAGCAUCAAAAGUAUAACAGAGCUGUCACAGUCUUCCAACAUGCGCUUUAUGCAGUUCAGAGCUCACGACAAGUACGCCCUUCAUUUAUCGAAAAUGGAAAAAAGAGAAAAAGAACGAGGCUCUCAUAUUUCCUACAUGUUCCGAUUGCCGUUUGCCGCCGGGAGUGUUUUCAGUGCCAGCAUGUUGGACACGCUUCUUUAUCAAGCCUUUGUUAAAGAUUACGUUAUUACUUUCGUGAGGUUACUACUCGGUAUUGAUCAAGCACCAGGAUCGGGGUUUUUAACAUCUAUGCGGAUAGGCAAAGAGGACAUGUGGAUAAGAACGUACGGCCGUCUAUACCAAAAAUUGUGUUCCACGACUUGCGAAAUCCCGAUAGGCAUCUACCGAACCCAAGACACUUCGAUUACCGACACAUCACAUUAUUCGAUUAACAUGGCAGACGAGGCCAAAGAUAACCACAAUCAGCAAAUCGAACGUGCCGAAAUUGCCAAUUUGGUCCGUUCUAGAAUGGAAAGUUUAAAUUUGCCCACCAUAGACUAUAACGAUACUAGCGAGAAACGUAACAGUUUAUCGUACGUCAUUAUUAAUCCCAGCUGUGAUCUUAAGCUAGAAGAAGGAGAUAUCAUAUAUUUAGUUCGUCCUAGUCCGUUUUCCGCUCAAAAAACAUUUGAACGUCACAACAGCCGCCGAAAGUCAAAUAUUAGUUUUUGUUCGCAAAACAUCUUGCAGCAGUUGGGCGGAAACGCCCAAUCGGGCAACAGGAGGGGGUCGGGUUUGGGCCUAAGCGGCUACCAAGCACCCAGGCCUCCGCCACUAGUGACUACCAAGUCAAAUUCUUUGUCUUUGCCCGAUAGCCCAACAGUUACUUAUCAGAGAGGACGAUCGAAUUCUUUACGAGUAAUCGACGAUAUUUUGUUAAGAAGAUCCAAUUCGCUUCGUCAAGGAUUACCAAACAUAGGAAAUCCACGAAGAAAAAGUAGCCUGGAAGACAUUGGCCUCUCUCACUUUUCAACGAAAUUCCAAAAUCCCAUUAAAAUCGCCCUGAACGACAGUAUCGGGCUGGAAGUGACACCGCCCGAAGAAAACAGUCCACCCAUUAUUUCCAGCAAUACCGCCAUGUUGGGAAAUAUGCCAUCGAUGCUCCAUCAUGGAAGUACUUUGAGUUUGCAGUCAAUUGGAGCACCUGUUAGUAGCUUAGGUAUUGGAAUGCCUUCUUUCAACGAUCCACCAAGCUCGGCAUCUCAAUCGGCCCUACCCCCUACCGGAGACCCGCAACAACUGCAAGGCACCAUCGUAUGAUACAACCUAAUGUGGGGGCGCAGGGGCAACAGCCUCAGGAAAAAGUGGUUGUAGAUUCCUAGUCCUCACAAUAGUAUUUUGUAUUUUUUCCUUUCCCCAUAUUUACAUUGACGAGUGUAUUUAUAUACAAAAAAAAGGGGCCUUCUAUAUUGGAUUUUUUUUAGUUCUUUCUACACAAUAAUUAGACUGAAGUAAGGAUUUACGUUUUGUAGCUUAGUAAACCGUCCAUUUGUCUUAUUAGGUAAUAAUUAGGCCUAUAUAUUAGCAACCUUUAUUGUAAAUCUACUGGGAAACCAAUUAAUAAAGUACCAAUUUUCUGGGGAAAUACAGUAAAUGUGAGGCUUUUGCGGCACAGUUUUAUUGAUAAGGGGUUUUCAUUCGGGCUAAAUGGCUGUCAUAAGUUGAAAAUGAAAACCACUUAUCAAAAUACAGUAAAUUUUCCCAUAUUAUUACUUCUUACCAGUAGAUGAAUAAUUCUUGAGGCCUCUCUAGUGAAAGUUCACCUAAUAACUAAUGCUUAUAUCAUUCCUUGUAUAAAAAAACAUUAUUAGGUCCUAGAUUUAAGACUGUAUUGUGGUCCAAUUAAUACGAAAUCUUUAGGAAAAAAUAAACCUUUUUAAAUACAUAUCUAUCUCUAUGAAUAAGCGAGGCGACAAAUUUAUAUAUUUUUCUAGAAUAGACCAAAUAGCAUCUUUACGAAUUGACCAAUAAAAUAAUUAAUGCUUUGGUAUUAUUGCUUUAUACAAAAAUGAUUGUACAUAUUAUGAGCACUACCUACUUUCUUGAAGCUUUUUAUAUCUUUGCCUGUACAGGCCAAGUAAUAUCAAUUUUCAGCAAUAGUAAUUACUAAAAUUAUCCUUAGGAUUUGUAUAAGCUCAACAAGUCAACAACAUUUUACAUUUAGAAACUCAGUUGAAAAUAUUCCUUGUGCCAUAAUACUAGCUAGUCAAUAUAAAGGCUGUAGUAUAGUGGUUUAAUAAUUUAGGAGUAUCAUAACAAGUAGGGCAUAUCUGAAAAAAACUGUUAAAAUUAAUAAUUUUUAUAUUGUUAAAAAACUCUGGUUAAUUAUGUUUGAAAACGGCAGGCUUUAGAAAAAUGUUUUCUUAUUUUGAAAUUUCACAUUUUAAAUUUAACGCACAUCAGCUUGAUAAGUACCUAUCUAAUUGAAUAAUAAUUAUAAUUUAAUAUUUAACAAUUAGUUUUGUGUAUUAUUUCAUUGUCCUUGGAUGUAUAGUAGGAUUAGGAGGUUUUGGCAACAGAAUAAAUAGGUAAGUGUACAUUUUCCUAAUAUUUAAUCAAUAAUUUUCAGAAAAAGCUUAAUUAAUACAAAAGCACAAUACAUACGUAAAAUAAUUAUUUCCACAACUUUUUGAUGGACAUGUUUUUCUCUGAAUCUUUCUGCAUAACUUUGGCCACUGCCAUUUCAAAAUCUUCUUGGGUCACGUGGACUCUUCUUUCUCUCAGAGCGUACAUUCCAGCUUCAGUACAAACACC